GGCCUCCAUCCCUACUCAUGUAUUUGGGCGGGCAUUUCGAGAAUGGAGAAACCUCCAGUUUGAGUUAUCCCAGCUCACUACGCAGGAUUUCUUGCAAUGCCCGGCAUGUUCAGAAGGGCAGCAUGCUGCACAUGCCGAUGGCAACAUGAAACUUUACCAUUUCGCAAAUGUUCCAAAAGGUGUGGGAACUUCAUACUUUGAGGGGAAGUUUGUUGCAGAUAGUAAUGUGGUGCAGGAGUUUGUUGGUGCCUACACCAGUUUUCCAUCCAGUAAAGAAAAGACAGGAAAUGUGUGGGGAUUCUAGGCAUCGAGGCAGAUAUAGAGAUGACUGUUGCUGCGAUACAUCAUCGCAUUGUUAAGAUAAGCAGUGAAAGGACCAAGCACAGCCAUGCCAUGCGUGCUAAGAAUGUAGAUGACAGGAAACGCCUUAGGCAGCUUCUGGAAAGUCACAACUCAAACAAGGGAGACCAUGUGACAGAGGAAGAGGCUAUGUCCUACACUUUGCCAUGGAUUAUUCGUGAGGACUCCAGAGGUGUACCGUUUUCCACCAAGAAAAAGGUAGUGGAUUUAGCACUGGCAAAGCGGCGUUGUUUGGAGGAGAGGUCGCUGGUGCUGAAAGAAAUGCACAGCUACCUUGUAUAUCACAAGAAACAAGUCGCCGUCAUAGAAGCAGCACUGGAGACGUGCGAUUAUGGAGAGGUAAAGCAUAUCUUCUCCGGCAGCAGAGGAUAUAUGUUAGAUUGUGAUGGAGUUGAAGUGACGACUACUGCUGCCCUUCUAUAUAAGAGACUGAGCUACCACAAAAAUCAACUGAGCCUGGGAGUGGUAGAUUUCAAGGGGGCAAUAAGGAGCAUUGCAAUGCCUGCCCGUAGCGAUGAUGACGACUUUGAUAAUGAAAUUUUGAUAUUGACGGAAGCAUUGGACGACUAUGAUGACGAUGACAACUAAAGGACCCUAACUAUUUUA